GAUAUUGACAGAAUCUGUCUCUUUUCUUCUGAAAUGUCACAGAAUAUCGAUUUUACAAGGCCUAUUUUUCCCUCUUUGACACUCUUGACAGGCGCCUCGUAACGCUGCGGCGGUGACUUCACAGCGUUGGAAUCCAAGUUCACCUCCGGGUUUGCCUGAAUAGGCACCACACGUGGACACCGCUUCUUUCACCGCCAUAGGCCCUUUUCUUCUCCUACCUUGCUAAUUGCUCGUUCCAUGGCGGCUAACGGUUACUACUACUACCGAACGAAAGCGGGAAUGUUUAUCGACCGUAUUGGCUUUCAUGGAGAGUACAAGAAGGCACUAUGAAGCUGCUUGUCAAUUCAGAGUUCGCAGCAAGAUUUCCAGCAUCUCUACCGAGCCUCAAGAAGAAUGAACAACAACUGGCGCAACGUUAAUCUUGUGAUCGACAGGCUCUAUUUGGGCAAUAUUAGAGCAGCUACCUCUACCCGCGCAACUGGCGAGCGGGGGAUAACGCAUAUAGUCUCUGUAUGCUCAGACCCUAUCCCUGCAGAGCUGCCCGAGUCUGGCAUCCAACACCUCCGCAUUGAAGUCGAAGACGUCGACUACGCGGACCUUUUGCGCCAUCUCCCAAGAGCCAUUCGCUUUAUUCACGAAGCCUUGUCUAAUCAAGGUGUUGUUCUCGUUCAUUGCGUUCAAGGUCUCUCGCGGAGCGCUACUGUUGUCGCUGCAUACCUGAUGUGGUCCCAACGAAUCCACGCCACGGAAGCUUUGGAAAUUGUUAGACGAGCUCGCGAUCAAAUUUGGCCAAACGCGGGCUUCCAGGAACAGCUCGUCCUUUGGGAACUCUGCGACUACAAUCCCACACCAGACAACGGCUUCUACAGAACUUGGAGGUUGCAGCUUGACCGCCGCCUAGCGGCUGCUGGCUUGCGCUGAGUGCUAUAUAUUUCUCACUUCAAUUUAUGUGCCAUGACGACUUGGGAAAUUUUCUCCUUCGAUUUCCAUUUAGUUUAUACUACUUAUGGCUUGGCCUCUACGUACUCCUCGUUACUUGUAAUUCUUCAACUUUUUGGUUACUUUUUGGCUUAUAUGAUCAAGUUAUAAUUCCGUUUUUUUCCCAAU